AUGAACAGGGAGGAACACUCUGUAUCCAUCCGCCCCAACCUCGUACAGUGUCAACAGCUCUCAGCUCUGAACUCAUUUCAGCUGUGAAGAUACAGCCAGAUGAUGACAUUUUAACAAGCCGAGAACUUGUACACCAUUCUCUGUCCUCCAUCUUGAUUUGUCCAUCACAGUGGUCAUAGAGGGACUAUUGUUCGUUCCUCCACAUCCCUCUUUCCCUCCCUUCCUCCAUCCCUCUCUUUUUAAUUAGAGCCUGAGGCCAGAAUGGACCGAUAAGCUAAUUAAUUAAGAAUAGGUUGCACGGCAAACCGAGCACGGAUUCAGCACAACAUAAGUCUCAUAGCAAAGGAUCAAGCAUACGACCCCUUUCAUUUCAUGGUGAAUGGAUGGGAUAGCCCAAUCAGUGGCUAUGCUCUAAUUGAUUUUGACACAGCUAUUAUUGGCUAAUAGCUUUUACCCCAAAGAAACCUUGUCUAAAGUAUAACAAAGAAGACUGGUCUCACAAUGAGGUUGUUGAGGUGGAUACGCUUUUAAACGCAAUUCUCUCCAUUUCAGCCAUCGAUUGGAGAAACUCACACAAUCAGUGGAGAAGAUAGCAUGCUGGAUUGUUCCGUUUACAUCUGACAAUGGAACAGUGGAACACACACUCGCACACACAUAUGCACGCACACACACACACACACACAAACACACACUCCAGACCCCCCCCCCCCCCCCCCCCCCCCACACACACACACACACACCUUGACCCAUAGCUUUGUGUGUUUGACCCAUAGGCUUUGUGUGUUUAGUACCAGGAUGUAACCAUUGUGUGGCUCCAGGGGCUCACUGCUCCUACAUGGACAGUCACACAGAUAAGUUGCCACUCUGUAUAGCUAGGUAAGAGCUCAUCCUUCUGAUGAAGUUGAAUCUAACGCUUAAAGAUGCAGUAUGUAGAAAUGUGAGUUAUAGAUCUGUCAUUCUCAUUGAAAGCAAGUCUACGAAACGGUAGAGCUGUUCUAUGUGCACUAUUUCUUUGCUUCCCGUUCUUAAUUUUCAAACAGCUGAAAAUACAAUAUUAUGGAAAAUAUAUUUGACAGCGGUUUAGAUGGUACAAUGAUUCUCUGCUCUAUACUUGCUUGUUUUGUCACAUAAACUGAAAUUAGGCGAACUAUUAGAAUUUUAGCAACCAGGAAAAUGGCGGUGCGAUUUCUGCAUAGUGCACCUUUAAUUGCUAGGUCGGAGGUCGAUUUCACUUCUAUGGUGAUCAAUGAUAUGUGUAGGAGGAUGAAGAGUGAGACUGGGAAUAUGCCCCAAAUCACUACUUUGACCUGGUUAAACGUAGUGCACUACAUAGGGAAUUGGGUGCCAUUUGGGACACAGAGAGAGUUUGAUUCUGCAUGGCUUAGCAGGGGGUCCGAGAUGCUCCAGUCCAGUACACUAGCUUAAUGGUUAUUGCUAUGAAACAAUAGUUAUUUAAUUUCUCUAUCGGUUUGGAUUAAGGAGUGUUGUGGUCUGGUGAAGUGAUUGAAUCAUUAGGCAUUCCCCUGUUGUAAAGAUGGAUGUCAAUCAAUACACUAAUGGCUUCCUACCAUCUAAAAUGCUUAGUGUUGUGAAUGUGAUAGCUGCCUAGCUUCAGCUUUAGACGCUCAGCCACAAUAACGUUUCAUUUUCCAGCUGUUUGGGCUUCGUAUCGAUGUGGUGAAAUUGGAAGAAGUGGAAAUGUAUAACGUGGUUUAAGGGUGCUAGACUAGAGAAUGUGUCCCUGGGCCUGAUACCAUUCCAUUACAUACGUGUCUGCUAGGUCCCACUCUCUGUAGGGUUAGGGUUUAAUACCUGGAUGUAUGCCUUCCAAGGUCACAUCUAAUCUGUCCCACAUCAUGUGAAAUCGAUUUUUCCUCCCUUUGCAUGGCCAUCUUUCUUCCCCCGGUGAAAACACUUCUCUCUUCUUCCUCCUCCUCUUCCUCUGUCGUUACAAAUCCCUGAGCUGCAGCCUUGGAUGUUUUCUUCCCCAUGUGAAAGAUAAUGUUCUCAUUUUUCCAAAAACACUAAGCGUGAGGAAACAGAGAGAGUUGUCAUUAUCACUAGGGACUGUGCUGGGUGGUGGCAGGCAGCAUUAUAUUUACAUUUACAUUUAAGUCAUUUAGCAGACGCUCUUAUCCAGAGCGACUUACAAAUUGGUGCAUUCAACUGAUGGUAGCCAGUGGGACAACCACCCACAUUUUUUAAUUGUUUUUAUUAUAUUUUUUUAUGGUGAGGGGGGGUAGAAGGAUUACUGUUAUACUAUUCCAGGUAUUCCUUAAAGAGGUAGGGUUUCAAGUGUCUCCAGAAGGUGGUCAGUGACUCCGCUGUCCUGGCGUUGUGGGGGAGCUUGUUCCACCAUUGGGGUGCCAGAGCAGCGAAUAGCUUUGACUGGGCUGAGCGGGAACUGUGCUUCCAUAGAGGUAGGGGGGCUAGCAGGCCAGAGGUGGAUGAACGUAGUGCCCUCGUUUGGGUGUAGGGUCUGAUCAGAGCCUGAAGGUAAGGAGGUGCCGUUCCCCUCACAGCUCCGUAGGCAAGCACCAUGGUUUUGUAGUAGAUGUGAGCUUCAACUGGAAGCUAGUGGAGUGUGCGGAGGAGCGGGGUGACAUGAGAGAACUUGGGAAGGUUGAACACCAGACAGGCUGCAGCGUUCUGGAUAAGUUGUAGGGGUUUAAUGGCACAGGCAGUGUCACGUUCGUUCAUGAACGGGACGGACCAAGGCGCAGCGUGAUAUGCAUACAUGUUUAUUAAAUAUUAAACACAACGACAAAACAACAAACAAAACGAAACGUGAAGUCCAAGGCAGCACAACACAACAUACCUUAACUGGAACAAGAUCCCACAACCCACUAGUGCCAAUAGGCUGCCUAAGUAAGGUCCCCAAUCAGAGACAACGAGCGACAGCUGCCUCUGAUUGGGAACCAAUCACGGGGGGCCAGUAUAAAAUAUAAAAAUAAAAAAUGUAUUCACUAACUGUAAGUCGCUCUGGAUAAGAGCGUCUGCUAAAUGACUAAAAUGUAAAUGAACCACACCGGGCAACAUAGAUCUAGACAUACUAGACAAGCUACAUAGAAAAAGCACAACAAGGAAUAUACACACCCUGACUCAACAUAUAAGCGUCCCCUGAGUCAGGGCGUGACAGGCAGGGAGCCCAGCCAACAGCGAGUUGCAGUAAUCCAGACUGGAGAUGACAAGUGCCUGGAUUAGGACCUGUGCCGCUUUCUGUGUAAGGUAGGGUCGUACUCUGCGAAUGUUGUGGAGCAUGAACCUGCAGGAUAGGGUCACCGCUUUGAUGUUAGCGGAGAACGACAGGGUGUUGUCCAGGGUCACGCCAAGGUUCUUUGCACUCUGGGAGGAGGACACAAUGGAGUUGUCAACCAUGAUGGCGAGAUCAUGGAGCGGGCAGUCCUUCCCCGGGAGAAAGAGCAGCUCUGUCUUGCCGAGGUUCAGCUUGAGGUGGUGAUCCGACAUCCACUCUGAUAUGUCUGCCAGACAUGCAGAGAUGCGAUUCGCCACCUGGUUAUCAGAAGGGGAAAAGGAGAACAUUAAUUGUGUGUCGUCUGCGUAGCAAUGAUAGGAGAGACCAUGUGAGGAUAUGACAGAGCCAAGUGACUUGGAGGUGGAGGGCGAUUCAGCAGGGAGGAGAAGGUGGCGAAGAGCUUCCUAGGGUUAGAGGCAGAGGCUUGAAAUUUAGAGUGGUAGAAAGUGGCUUUAGCAGCAGAAACAGAGGAAGAGAAUGUAGAGAGGAGGGAGUGAAAAGAUGACAGGUCCGCAGGGAGUCUAGUUUUCCUCCAUUUCCGCUCGGCUGGCCGGAGCCCUCUUCUGUGAGCUCGCAAUGAGUCGUCAAGCCACGGAGCAGGAGGGGAGGACCGAGCCGGCCGGGAGGAUAGGGGACAUAGAGAGUCAAAAGAUGCAGAAGGGGAGGAGAGGAGGGUUGAGGAGGCAGAAUCAGGAGAUUGGAGGGAGAAGGAUUUAGCAGAGGGAAGAGAUGAACUCUCCAAGGGAACCUGGAGGGCGAUAAAUGACAAGGAUGUUAAGCUUGAAUGGGCUAGUGACUGUGACAGCAUGGAAUUCAAAUGAGGAGAUAGACAGAUGGGUCAGGGGAAAAAGAGAGAAUGUCCACUUGGGAGAGAUGAGGAUUCCUGUGCCACCGCCGCGCUGACCAGAUGCUCUCGGGGUAUGCGAGAACACAUGGUCAGACGAGGAAAGAGCAGUAGGAGUAGCAGUGUUUUCUGUGGUAAUCCAUGUUUCCGUCAGCGCCAUGAAGUCGAGGGACUGGAGGGUAGCAUAGGCUGAGAUUAACUCUGCCUUGUUGGCCGCAGAACUGCAGUUCCAGAGGCUGCCGGACACCUGGAACUCCAUGUGGGUCAUGCGCGCAGGGACCACCAGAUUAGAGUGGCAGCAGCCACGCGGUGUGAAGCGUUUGUAUGGCCUGUGCAGAGAGGAGAGAACAGGGAUAGACAGACACAUAGUUGACAGGCAACAGAAAAAGGCUACAAUAAUGCAAAGGAGAUCGGAAUGAAAUUAACUAAACAUCGGGGCCUCCCUCACUUACGUUUCACUGAAACACUCAAAUAUAACUCUCCCAACUUCCACUUUAGAAAUUAUAAUUGUUGUAAACUACAGCGGUUCAAUGUUUUCUAGGAAUAGACUCUAACUUAGUUUAUUAAGCUAGCUAACGUGUUACCAGUAUGUAAAAACAAAACAAAAAUAUAUGUAGGUUAUAACUUACCCUUAGUAGCUACUGUUAGCCAGUUAAGUGCAAAGCUAGCCACUGAAUCGAUUUAGCCAGUUCACGUCUGUCCCAACGGAGAGAAAGCGUCUCCAAAUAUUACAGCUAGGUCGUUCCAGCUAUUGUUUAGUUAGCUAUCCAGGUAGCAACAAGCUAGCUACAUUUCAAGUACAGUAGCUAAUAACUACCUAAUGUUAACGCUUCAGAUAAUGAGGUUAGAAAAACAGCUGAAUGGUAGGUAGCUAGCUGGCAUAAUUACAGGUACUCUUAAGCGUGAAAUAACAUUGGAAACAACUAUCCACAGUUGCUAAUAGUUACCAGUAGCUACCCGCUAGCUAGCUAGCUUUAUUGGUCCAGGUAGUGGGUUAGCUAGUCUCGUGCUUCACCUGGCUCAGCCGAAUACAAUACUUACCUACAAUAAUUACCUACAAUAACCUACAAUAACUACCUAGAUAAACUACCUACAGUACCUAACUACAAUACCUACCUACAAUCUAAAUACAUGGUUUAAGCUUUACUCGACACCAUAUAAGAAGCCAAGCUUACCUCCCGCUAGAGAAAACAGUCGCAAGAUUUCAUCUGGAGAGAGAGGGGAGAAAGAAGUCAAAGCAUAGGGUAGGGCAAUGUGAGCAGGACCAGCGGUGUCAUUUGACUUAAUAAAUGAGGAUCAGAUGUCGUCAACCUUCUUUUCAAAAUGGUUGACGAAGUCAUCCACAGAGAGGGAGGAGGGAGGGGGAGCAGGAGGAGAAUUCAGCAGGGAGGAGAAGGUGGCAAAGAGCUUCCUAGGGUUAGAGGCAUAGGCUUGACAUUUAGAGUGGUAGAAAGUGGCUUUUGCAGCAGAAACAGAGGAAGAAAAUGUAGAGAGGAGGGAGUCUAGGUUUCCUCCAUUUCCGCUCGGCUGCCCGGAGCCCUGUUCUGUGAGCUCACAAUGAGUCGUCAAGCCACGGUGUAGGAGGGGAGGACCGAGCUGGCCGGGAGGAUAGGGGACAUAGAGAGUCAAAAGAUGCAGAAAGGGAGGAGAGGAGGGUUGAGGAGGCAGAAUCAGGAGAUCGGAGGGAGAAGGAUUUAGCAGAGGGAAGAGAUGAUAGGAUGGAAGAGGAGAGAGUAGCGGGAGAGAGAGAGCGAAGGUUGCGACGGCACAUUACCAUCUGAGUAGGGGCAGAGUGAGUAGAGGAGGAGAGCGAGAGAGAAAAGGAUACAAAGUAGUGGUCGGAGACCAUGUAUGGAACAGUCCAUACUGUGACAGAGAUGCUAGGACAGGCAGGGAAAUAGACCAAACACACUUCACACUGGUUUCCUAAUGAUGCAUCCUUCCCACGUCCUAGCGUUAGUUCGUCUUCCUAGUUUAUGUCCAUUUCUUAGUUCUGACUGAUCUGCCAUGUGAAACGUCAAAUUACUUCGGUGGAUACUGGACUCCACUACCGGUAUGUUGCUUUCCCCAUCCAGUACUUUUAGUAGCAGUCAGGGCCGUUAGCAGGGUCUGAGUUUUACUGAGGUCCGAACAGGCUCCCCCAUCCAAGACAUUUUAAGAAAGUUGAAGCUCAUUUACUACAUUUCUUUACAUUUAAAAAACUCUAAAAUUAUAUUUGGAGAACAGCAAAAACAAGGAAAAAUUACCCCAGCAUUUAUCACAUUAGUUGCUGUUGCUUCAUUCACCUCAGUCGAUCUACAAACAUAUAGCCUAUUAGCUAUACAAUUAGCCGCACCACAUUAACUCACAUUAACUCAGCACUGGGAUUAAAAACUAUAAUUUAAUACAUACAGAAGGAUCUGUUAGCAGAAAAAGUAUGAUAGAAAGUGAAAAAAAUAAAUGUUGUGCUAAUUUCCUGCAAUUCUACACUUUUUGACAUGGAGUGGGGAGAUUUCUUUGCAGUUUUAAAGCUAAUUUCCUGCAAUUCUACAAAUUGUUCCAUGAGAUGCCAUGUUAGUAUGAUAUCAAAAUCAAUGGGGGCCCCCUGGAGGUCAGGGCCCAUGGGCAUGUGCCCUGCAUGCCCGCUCGGUAAUUCGCUAUGAUUACUACAAGUUUAGAUAGCUGGCUAGACUAAUUUAACAAUCUAAAAAAUCUACUGACAUGGGCUAAUUGAGUGAGUGACAUAUAACACCUAAUUACAACUAAUUUUCAAAAUUGCAACCAUGUGUAUUCUACUAUUCUAACUCUCAACAGGAAGUUAAGACCCCAACUGAGUUCCCCCCAAAACAGUUUUUCAAAAAUUGCCGAGGUCCAGACCUCGGUGUCCUCAUAUGUAGUUACGGCCCUAGUAGCAGUGUCAUGAAGUUUUAAUAUAAACACUUUGAUCCUACUAUCAAAGUGGAUUGAUCUACAUUGAUCUACAACAUUGAUUUACAACAGAGUGCUAGACAGUGCUGUGGUGUGAAUUUGACCUGUAAGCAGUGAGAUGAGAGCAUAUCUCCCUUGUCUUGUGUGGUCUCCAUCUCGUCUUGUUUUGGUCCUAUCCCUCUCUCUGGGUAUUCAUUGGAAUGUGGUCAGUGGUGCUUGUAGUUGAUGCCUUUGAUAAAGUGAACAGUCAUCUUGUCUGGCAGAAUGCAUACAGAGAGUCUGGCAGAAUGCACAGUUCACUUUAUCAGAGGAGAAUGACAAAGACCCAGUGUGUGUCCCAAAUGGCACCCAAUUUCCUACACAGUGCACUAGAUUUGACCAGAGCUCCAUGAGCCCUGGUCAAAAGUAGUGCACUACGUAGGGAAUAUGGUGCCAUUUGGGAUGUAGCCACAGAAUCCAACAGCACACUGGUCAUUGUAGUAUUUGAUUGAUUAUUAAUGGGUCUUAGUUUAACAUUGGCUACAGGUUAGAUAUGAGUCUAAGUUUAACAUGGACUACAGGUUAGACCUCUCUCUCUCACUCUCUCUCUCCCAUAUCUAUCUCUCUCUCUCUCUCUCUCUCCUUCCCUCUCUCACUCUCUCCCCAUCUUUUUUUCUCUUUCUCUCUCUUACACAUAGCCUUGCUGCUGGUGACUUUGAAGUGGUGUCUUUGAUUAAGGAGUUAAUUAAAGAAAAGCUGCUCGUGAAGAGAGAGAGAGAGAGAGAGAGAGAGAGAGAGAGAGAGAGAGAGAGAAUUAAUUUGGAGUACAAUACUCAUCUAUUUCUCAAGUGCCGGGGUGCCAUCGCUCAGUGAAUUGAUUGGAUUGGCUGAGCUGGCAGUGGCACAGAGAAGGGCAGUUACAUAGCGUGGGCUGUGGUUCUGUGGUAGAGAUGAGAGCCUUAGUGCCCAGUGUUAGACUGAUAUACUCUGGCCCCUCCAUGCCAGCUGUGGGUUGGAUGGAUGGAUGAUGAGGAAUGACAAAUGCACGGCAUGUACAUGAUUUCUCUCUCUCUCUCUCUCUCUCUCUCUCUCUCUCUCUCUCUCUCUCUCUCUCUCUCUCUCUCUUUGUUCUUCUUCUGUCCCUUUGUUUCUAAUUUCUCAUUUCCUGCCUGACACAUACCUCCCCCCUCACCUCUGGGUCUCGCCUGUGUCACCUCCCUACUUCUCACCACCUUCUUCUCACACACACACACACACACACACACAUACAAACACACACACACAUUUCUCCCUGACCUUGUCCCUUUUCCAACCCUCCUCCUCACCCCCCCCCCCCCCCACCUCCCCUUCCAGCCGGUGUUCUAUAAGGGUAUGGCAGGCUCCCAGGUGACCCUGUCCAGCCUGGUAAACCAGAGCAGAGCCAUGCUGGAGGAGCAGGCCCGCCACCUGCUGACAGAGACAGAGAGGCAGACCAUGGGCUACUACGUGGAGGAGUACCGGGACGGACACAUAGGGGUGGAGCAACUGGUCAUGGCCCUGUUUGAACUGCUCAACACACACGCCAAGGUGAGGAGUGAUUGUGGAGAGACAGCGUGGUGUGUUGGUGUGGGUGGGUGGAUGGGUGUGGGUCUGUAUUUUGUGUGUGUGUGUGUGUGUGUGUGUGUGUGUGUGUGUGUGUGUGUGUGUGUGUGUGUGUGUGUGUGAGAGGGAAUCGUGUGUGCAUACGUAUGCAAGAAACAGGGAAAGACAAAUUCAGGUGUGUUUUGUGUGUGUGUGUUAGUGUGUGUGUGCAUGCGUGAGUGAGUUGUUGUGAGGUGCAUUAUGUAGUGCGUUCCUGUGUUCCCUUACUCGUAAUACUUAUGGUGAUUGCUUGUCUUUUCUCUAUACAUCCAUCACUUGAAUGGCACGUUUUGUGAGACUUUCCAUGAUAUAUGUAAAGGCUUUUGUGGAUGCUCAGACAUCUAUUUUUCUCAGUAUAUUAGAAAGCCACUUGUCUUUCUGUCAAUGCCCUAGCCCUGCACCUCAUAUUAAACAAUUGUUUAUCAAAUGUAUUGAAUUCACAAUUGGUAAAGUGCUUUAAACUGUUUUGUUCUGUUGCAGUCUUCAUUCCUCAUGGUAUCCUGAUGCAUGUUAUAGCUCCCUAUAACUCUAGAACCCUGUCUCCCUCCCCUCCCCCACCCCUCCUUUUAGUUCUCCCUGCUAUCAGAGGUGCGUGGCCUGGUGACUCCCCAGGAUCUGGAACGUUUCGAUGGGAUGGUGCUGCGCCGCGAGAUCCAGGCUUUGAAGGCCCGGCAGGGGGGUGCCAGUGCGGCCGCCCUCCACCCUGACUCCCUCUCCAUGGUCUCCUACCCAGAUACCCUGGCCUCCUCGUCAGCCAGCUACAUGACCUCCACCACCCUCAGCUCAGCACGGGUAGGAAGGCUGGGCCGCAGUGGACCCAAACUGUCUGUCUGGCUUUGGCUGUCUGUCUGUCCCUGUCAGGCUGCCGUGUCCGUCUGUCUGGCCGUCUGUCCAUCCGUCUGUCUGUCUGUAUGUCUGUGAGAGUCUGAGUCACUCCUCUUUUUUAGCUGUCACUUUUGUCUCGAAGCAGACCUAUUUAAAGGAGUCCCUGUUUGAUGAGGUGUAGAGGAUAGAGCUGUUAUGAUGACAUAUCGUUCCUCGGAGUGCAUGGGGCAAGGACAAGGGGUUCUGGAUUUUUUCUGGAGCGGAUGUUCGGGGGGCCGGAACGUAAUUACAAAUCAUUUGUAGAGGGCAAACUGACCGCAAGAAGCCCAAACAGAUAUAAUGUUAGACUAAAACAUAAUUAUUUCAAACCUUGCUUACAUUAGUAUACGAUCACGUCUCGUGGGAAUACUUGGGAACAGAUUUCUUAAAUUAAAAUCAAAACGCUGAUUUCCUGGUGUAUCUUUUAUGUCCAACAAUUAAAAUUCCACACAUUAUUUUCUUUUGGUCAGAAAACUUGGGGGUGGGGGGCAAAUAAAACCCUGGCCUAAACCCUUCAAUCGAGCUGAAAGAGACGUAUUUAUCUAGGAACCUCUUACGUUUAACACCGACUCCCCUCUCCCUUUUCAACCCCCCAGGAAAGACUGCUGUGGUUGAUAGAUAUGAUGGAGGUAGGAGUUGUUGCCAAUACUCUUCUUUUGCAUCCAUUUGCAGUGAUUCUCUGCCUCUAUGUUUGAAGUUAAUAUGGUUUGGAGUGCUUUAGUCUGCAUUCACUUGUCAGGUUGCAUAAAGACAAUGUAAAUAACUUUUUUCUGUUGAUGUGACUGUCUUUUUGAACAUUUCUGUGUAUCCCUGUGUGUAUUGUGUGUGUGUGUGGACAUGUUUAACUAUACUUUUUUGCCGGUCCCCACCAUGAAAAAGGCUAUUUCUAGGGGGUUUAGGGUUAAGGUUACAAUUAGUGUUAGGGUUAGAAUUAGGUUUAGGUUUAGGGGUUAAAGGUUAAGUUUAGGGGUUAGGAGUUAGGGUUAGGUGUAGGGUUAAGGUUAGGUUCGGGGGUUAGGGUUAGGGGUUAGGGAAAAUAGGAUUUUGAAUUGUGUGUCCCAACAAGGUUAGUGAAACAUGACUGUGUGUGUUGGUGUGUGUGCGUGUCUGCGUAUGUGCGCAUGUGAGUGUGCGUGCGUCCAGUGUACACGUGCAUGCGAGUGUAUAUGCUUGCAUGCGUGUGUGUAUGUGUUUCCCUAUUCGCAGUACAUACAAACACAUUGUUUCAGCAGGACUAAUUACAGACAGUCAGACUAACCUGCUGCUGUCCUGUCCACUAUGGAUGUCUCCUUCUGGGGCACAGACCAGAGUACAACACUAUUAACUGGCUAUUUCACACAUGCACUCACACACACACACACACACACACACACACACACACACACACACACACACACACACACACACACAGGCAUUCACGUACACACACACACACACCAAGGCACAUGCAAACACACAUACACACAAACACGCGCACACACACAGACACACACACUCAGUAAACUCUGGACUUAGAGGAGAAGCUGACAGUUGAGAUAAGCUGCAGCUGCUUACCAUAGUACACCAUGGACGAGGCCAGACCUACAGACCUGUGCGUGUGUGAGUGUAUAUGUGUGUGUGUGUGCGUGUGUGCGUGCAUGUGCGUGUGUGUGGUCUGGACUGUGGCCCAGCUUAUAGUUGUUGAUGUUUGAGUCACAGUUGAAUGCUGCUGCUACUUUUUGGAGAGAUUAGCGAGGUGGGGGAUCACAAACAUCGGAUUUAUCAACUAGACACAAAAUGAGGUGUAAAGUCACAAACCCAAUCACAUGCAGACACAGACACACUUACAGCUGAUCAUGUUUGUGCACUCACAUACACACACUCUCCCACUCUCUCUCUCUCUCUCUCUCUCUCUCUCUCUCUCUCUCUCUCUCUCUCUCUCUCUCUCUCUCUCUCUAUCUCUCUCUCUCUCUCUCUCUCUCUGUCACACACACACAUAGAUAAAUAAACAGCUUCCUCUCACCAUGCACAUGUACAAGGUAGGAACUAUUGCAGUAAAUGUAUUGGUGGUAAGUACUCCCCGUGCCGACAGUGAGUGUAUAAUUAGGCUGAAUUGAUAGGGUUUUGUUUUGAUACAGGCAUAGUUUAAUGAAGGGCACUGCUGCUCUGAACUCAGUGACAGUGAACAACACCAUGAAGAUAUCUUCUGUUUCAAUUCAUGUGUUUGCACUCUUGGUUGUGUGCCGUGUGUGUGUGCCGAAUACCCACGUGUAGUAUUGCUUUCCAAGCUUAGAGAUUUUAAGUUGUGAUAUAGAGAUUGGAAGGUAGAUUUUACAAUGAUAUUGAGUUAUUUUUCCUCCCUCUGAGAGAUGGAACAACUCCUACGAAAUGCAAUUUGGAUCAACAUUUGCUUUGGAAUAAACAAGAAGCUGUGUUUGUCAUCUGUUCACGUACUCUCCCUCUCGCUUGCUCUCUCCCCGUCUUUCCUCUCUCUCCUCUCCGCUCUCGCUUCUCUCUAUCCCCUCACCUCUCUCUCUCUUUCUCUCCAUCCCCUCUUUCUCUCUCUGUCUCUCUAUCCCCUCCUCUCUCUUCUCUAUAUCCACUUGUCUCUCACUCUCUUUCUCUCCCCUCCCCCUCUUUCUCUCUCCUCUCUCUCUCUCUCUCUCUCUCUCUCUCUCUCUCUCUCUCAGAAUGACAGUACGGUGGAGAGUAAUGGGGGGGAUACUCAGGAGAGUCUGGAUGCGCUACCUGACAUAUCUCUGGUGAGCCUUGCAGUCAGACCCAGACCCACAACCUCAUAAAGAUGGACAGAGCAGAAGACGGAGGGAGGGAUGGAGGGAUAGGGAAAAAACAACAAGACUGGAAAUGAAAGAGCGAGGGAGAGGAAAUGACGGAUAUGCAGUUUUAUAUAUAUAUAUAUAUAUAUAUAUAUAUAUACACUACCAGUCAAAAGGUUGGACACACCUACUCAUUCAAGGGUUUUUCUUUAUUUUUUACUAUUUUCUACAUUGUAGAAUAAUAGUGAAGACAUCAAAGCUAUGAAAUAACACAUAUGGAAUCAUGUAGUAACCAAAAAAGUGUUAAACAAAUCAAAGUACGUUUUAUAUUUGAGAAUCUUCAAAUAGCCACCCUUUGCCUUGUUGACAGCUUUGCACACUCUUGGCAUUCUCUCAACCAGCUUCACCUGGAAUACUUUUCCAACAGUCUUGAAGGAGUUCCCACAUAUGCUGAGCACUUGUUGGCUGCUUUUCCUUCCCUCUGCCAUCCGACUCAUCCCAAACCAUCUCAAUUGGUUUGAGGUCCGGGGAUUGUGAUGCAGCACUCCAUCACUCUCCUUCUUGGUCAAAUAGCCCUGAUACAGCCUGGAGGUUUUGUUGGGUCAUUGUCCUGUUGAAAAACAAAUGAUAGUCCCACUAAGCGCAAACCAGAUGGGAUGGCGUAUCGCUGCAGAAUGCAGUGGUAGCCAUGCUGGUUAAGUGUGCCUUGAAUUCACAGACAGUGUCACCAGCAAAGCACCCCCACACCAUCACAUCACACCUCCUCCUCCAUGCUUCACAGUGGGAACUACACAUGAGGAGAUCAUCUGUUCAACUCCUCUGCAUCUCACAAAGACACGGCGGUUGGAAACAAAAAUCUCACAUUUGGACUCAUCAGACCAAAGGACAGAUUUCCACCGGUCUAAUGUCUAUUGCUCAUGUUUCUUGGCCCAAGCAAGUCUCUUCUUCUUAUUGGUGUCCUUUAGUAGUGGUUUCUUUGCAGCAAUUCAACCAUGAAGGCCUGAUUCACACAGUCCCCUCUGAACAGUUGAUGUUGAGAUGUGUCUGUUACUUGAACUCUGUGAAGCAUUUAUUUGGGCUGCAAUUUCUGAGGCUGGUAACUCUAAUGUACUUAUCCUCUGCAGCAGAGUUAACUCUGGGUCUUCCAUUCCUGUUGCGGUCCUCAUGAGAGCCAGUUUCAUCAUAGCGCUUGAUGAUUUUUGCAACUGCACUUAAAGAAACUUUAUUGAAAUGUUCCGUAUUGACUGACCUUUAUGUCUUAAAGUAAUGAUGGACUGUCGUUUCUCUUUGCUUAUUUGAGCUGUUCUUGCCAUGAUAUGGACUUGGUAUUUUAUCAAAUAGGGCUCUCUUCUGUAUACCCCCAAUACCUUGUCACAACACAACUGAUUGGCUCAAACGCAUUAAGAAGGAAAUUCCACAAAUUAACUUUUAACAAGGCACACCUGUUAAUUUUUUAAAUAUUUUAUUUCACCUUUAUUUAACCAGGUAAGCCAGUUGAGAACAAGUUCUCAUUUACAACUGCGACCUAGCCAAGAUAAAGCAAAGCAGUGCGAUAAAAACAACAACAACACAGAGUUACAUAUGGAAUAAACAAAAACAAAACGUACAGUCAAUAACACAAUAGAACAUCUAUAUACAGUGUGUGCAAAUGUAGUAAGUUAUGGAGGUAAGGCAAUAAAUAGGCCAUAGUGCAAAAUAAUUACAAUUUAGUAUUAACACUGGAGUGAUAGAUGUGCAGAAGAUGAUGUGCAAAUAGAGAUACUGGGGUGCAAAUGAGCAAAAUAAAUAACAAUGUAAAUAACAAUAUGGGGAUGAGGUAGUUGGGUGGGCUAAUUACAGAUGGGCUGUCUACAGGUGCAGUGAUCGGUAAGCUGCUCUGACAACUGAUGCUUAAAGUUAGUGAGGGAGAUAAGUGUCUCCAGCUUCAGAGAUUUUUGCAGUUCGUUCCAGUCAUUUGCAGCAGAGAACUGGAAGGAAUGGCGGCCAAAGGAGGUGUUGGCUUUGGGGAUGACCAGUGAGAUAUACCUGCUGGAACGCAUACUACGGGUGGGUGUUGCUAUGGUGACCAAUGAUCUAAGAUAAGGCGGGGAUUAGCUUAGAAGUGAUUUAUAGAUGACCUGGAGCCAGUGGGUUUGGCGACGAAUAUGUAGUGAGGGCCAGCCAACGAGAGCGUACAGGUCACAAUGGUGGGUAGUAUAUGGGGCUUUGGUGACAAAACGGAUGGCACUGUGAUAGACUAUAUCCAAUUUGCUGAGUAGAGUGUUGGAGGCUAUUUUGUAAAUGACAUCGCCGAAGUCAAGGAUUGAAAUGGAUUCCGGGUGACUACCUCAUGAAGUUGGUUGAGAGAAUGCCAAGAGUGUGCAAAGCUGUCAUCAAGGCAAAGGCUGGCUACUUUGAAGAAUCUUUAUUUCUUUCUUUCGUUCUUUCCUGUGGAGGAGUCUGUUUAGAGUUAGAUAUUAGUGCACACACUCUUCCUCUUCCUCCUCUUCCUCCCUCCUUACUAAGGAGGAACUAGUUCUCUGUUUGACACCUGAGGUAAAAGCUAUAAUCACCUACCACGUUUACCAGAGCAAUGGUAACUGAUGUUGUGGGGAGGUUGUGUUGGUACCAAUGUGAUCUAAUGUGGGACACUGUAAGCAGAGACCUGAAGAGUCUUAAAAACACUUGAACUCCAUUCAGCCAGAACAUAUUUGUGUUAGUUCUGAUUGCUUUCUCUUAUUUACAUUUUUUACCAAUCACUUCAUUCAUUCUGGCCACUCAUGUUGCUGUUUUCAUUGUUGUUCAUUUCACCGUUGGUUUUGUUUGGAGGGGAGAGCGUGUUGCCGCGGACUGGGAAGGUGUAACCUGAGGUUACACAGUGACCAUGUUUAGCUGUAGGGCUCAACUGAGUCCUGGCCAGACUAAUUGAGUUGUGUGAAAGUUGGUGGUGUGUGUGGAAUAAUGAGAUGUGCUGUAGUAUAAGAGUGUUUUGUGGGAUGAGGGGAAUGUGAUUUAUUUGUUCUCCUCUUACCUUAGGAUGAGGUGCGUUCCACGUCCGAAUCUCCCCCCACCUUCAAACCCCCACCCCCUCCAGGGGUGCAGAGGCACCCCAGCAGACGGGACCAGGUCAAAAAGCUCCCCUCCUCCGAAUCCUCCCAUUCUGGGCUCUACUUCACCGCCUCCUCCCGUAACCCCCCCAUUGACCAGAGGGGGGACCAAGGGCCCCCUUCCUUACCCAAGGUCCCCCCCAAAAAGGAUCCCUCAGUCCCCCCUAAGAAGGAGAUGGCAACUGCCCAGCUCUCCAUGGUCAACAAGCACCCCAUAGGCCCCUUCCCCCGAGUCCAGUCCCCUACUAGGACCACCAAGCCUGCCGCCCCCUCUCCAUCUCCACCCCCUCCGCCGCCGCUCACUGCCCCAUCCGCACCCCCUCCGCUUCCCCACAGCCAGGACAAGUCCUCCCCUGGCUCCAACAAACAGCACUUUGUCAUGGUGGAGGUCCAUAGGCCCAACGCAGAGUCUGAUGUCAACGAGGUGCGGUCACUGCCCCAGGCACGAGGUAAGAGGCAUGGGGGACAGCCAGGAUUACUGAAGGGAGGAGGUUGGAGGUUGGACUCCGAAAACCAUGAGACCUGAUUUGGACGCAAAGGAUUGGUUACACAAAUAAGAGAAAGUGCAUGUCUAUGUGUACUCAUGGGUGUAUGUGUUUCUACCUGAGUGUGUCCCUGUGCCAGUAUCUAACCUCCUGCACCCAUCCCCCCACCCCCCAGGUGCCAACCUGUCCCAGCUGUCAGACAGUGGACAGACGCUGAGCGAGGACAGCGGGGUGGACAUUGGCGAGUCAGGACGUUUCAGCAAGGAAAGCAGUCCCCGUCCCGCCCGCUUACGCCCCCCACGAGACCCCCAGGGGGCAGGAGGGGACACCUCCGCCAAACCGGUGAGGAGGACACACCAGCGGGAAGAGAGAAGACACAGAGAGAGAAAAGAGGGAGAUGGAUGGAGGGAUGGAUGGGUGGAUGAAUGGAUGGAUGGAGGAAGCUGAAAGUGAGGGAUGACAAGAAGAGAAAUAGAGCUGAGUAGUCCUCUGUCACUGCUCCCAUUGUCUUGGAGCUCGUUCUCAAUCCUUACUGUGAUUUCAUUCUGUUUUCUUCUCUCUUUAUGCACAUAGUUUUUCUUUCUUUGCUCGUUGAUUCAUUUCUAUGUCCUUUCAAUGAUUUCUCAUCCAUUCAAUCACAUCUCAUCUCAUACUGCGCUAGAGGUCUCUCGUAUACUCUGUCCCUUUAUGCUUAUUGCCGAUUGGUGGUUGGGUGGAAGGGAAAUUGUUGAUUUGUUCCAAACUUUGUGGGUGGGCUAAUGGGUAACAAAGGUGCAAAAGAAAAGUGUACAUGGUCAGACCAGGCUCUCCAAGGUGAAUAUUUCAGUAAAAAGCAGAGUUAUAUUAUCCACCCUCUCUCUCUUUUUGCAGCCGGGUCUCUUGGAGCCCACCUCCACACUAGUGAGGGUGGCAAAGAGUGCCAGCACCCUCGGCAUCGCAAUCGAAGGGGGUGCCAAUACUCGCCAGCCCCUGCCACGCAUCGUCACCAUACAGGUGGGUGUCAAACAGCCUAACAUCCCUCCUCACCCCUCCAUCUCAAGUCAUCUCCGAAAUGACAGUUUGCCAGGCAAUCCCCUGCACCUGUCAGAAAUGAUCCAACCAUGGUACUGUUCUGCGACUCUGCACUGUCAUUGGCCCGUGCCUCCUCCUCUUCCACACAUGGCUACACAACAGAGUGUGACUAGUUGAAGAUAGCCGAAAAUAUUUUUGGUAUCUCAGAUUGUUCAGGCAAUUCUGACAUAGAAACUUCAUUGGGAGGAAGGAUGAUUUGAUAUGCUUUUUACAUUUGUUUCACCUGUUAAAUCCACUUCAAUCAGUGUAGCUGAAGGGGAGAUUUUUAAGCCUCGAGACAAUUGAGACAUGGAUUGGGUAUGUGUGCCAUUCAAAGGGUGAAUGGGCAUAACAAAAUAUUGAAGUGCCUUUGAAUAGGGUAUGGUAGUAGGUGCCAGGCGCAACGGUUUGAGUGUGUCAAGAACUGCAACGCUGCUGGGUUUUUCACGCUCAACAGUUUCCCGUGUGUAUCAAGAAUGGUCCACCACUCAAAGGACAUUCAGCCAACUUGACACAACUGUGGAAAGCAUUGGAGUCAACAUGGGCCAGCAUCCCUGUGGAACGCUUUCGACACCAUGUAAAGUCCAUGCCCGACGAAUUGAGGCUGUUCUGAGGGAAAAAGGGGGUGCAACUCAAUAUUAAGGUGUUCCUAAUGUAUAAAAUGGGUUAAAUCUACAAAAGUACCAGAGAGCCCACUCUGGACAUUUGACGUGUUUGCAGAGUAUAUCGUUUCAAUCAGCAUGCCUAAAAAUAAGCACAAUCAAAAAGGGUGCUUUUGAGAUAUUAACAUGCAUAUUUUUAAUAUUGAAUAAAUGAAUGUGAAUUAUUUUAUUUUUUUAUCUAGACGUACUUCAUGUUUGAGAGCACACUAUAAGGAGUAUAAUGACACCAAGAUGUUGUCUGUAUCAUGUACGGUUCACGGAUCAUAGAGUCUUACAGGAGGCAUGUACAGUGAGGGAAAAAAGUAUUUGAUCCCCUGCUGAUUUUGUACGUUUGCCCACUGACAAAGAAAUGAUCAGUCUAUAAUUUUAAUGGUAGGUUUAUUUGAACGGUAAGAGACAGAAUAACAACAAAAAAAUCCAGAAAAACGCAUGUCAAAAAUUUUAUAAAUGUAUUUGCAUUUGAAUGAGGGAAAUAAGUAUUUGACCCCCUCUCAAUCAGAAAGAUUUCUGGCUCCCAGGUGUCUUUUAUACAGGUAACGAGCUGAGAUUAGGAGCACACGCUUAAAGGGAGUGCUCCUAAUCUCAGCUUGUUACCUGUAUAAAAGACACCUGUCCACAGAAGCAAUCAAUCAAUCAGAUUCCAAACUCUCCACCAUGGCCAAGACCAAAGAGCUCUCCAAGGAUGUCAGGGACAAGAUUGUAGACCUACACAAGGCUGGAAUGGGCUACAAGACCAUCGCCAAGCAGCUUGGUGAGAAGGUGACAUUGUUGGUGUGAUUAUUCUUAAAUGGAAGAAACACAAAAGACCUGUCAAUCUCCCUCGGCCUGGGGCUCUAUGCAAGAUCUCACCUCGUGGAGUUGCAAUGAUCAUGAGAACGGGGAGGAAUCAGCCCAGAACUACACGGGAGGAUCUUGUCAAUGAUCUCAAGGCAGCUGGGACCAUAGUCACCAAGAAAACAAUUGGUAACACACUACGCCGUGAAGGACUGAAAUCCUGCAGCGCCCGCAAGGUCCCCCUGCUCAAGAAAGCACAUAUACAUGCCCGUCUGAAGUUUGCCAAUGAACAUCUGAAUGAUUCAGAGGAGAACUGGGUGAAAGUGUUGUGGUCAGAUGAGACCAAAAUCGAGCUCUUUGGCAUAAACUCAACUCGCCGUGUUUGGAGGAGGAGGAAUGCUGCCUAUGACCCCAAGAACACCAUCCCCACCGUCAAACAUGGAGGUGUAAACAUUAUGCUUUGGGGGUGUUUUUCUGCUAAGGGGACAGGACAACUUUACCGCAUCAAAGGGACGAUGGACGGGGCCAUGUACCGUCAAAUCUUGGGUGAGAACCUCCUUCCCUCAGCCAGGGCAUUGAAAAUGGGUCGUGGAUGGGUAUUCCAGCAUGACAAUGACCCAAAACAUACGGCCAAGGCAACAAAGGAGUGGCUCAAGAAGAAGCACAUUAAGGUCCUGGAGUGGCCUAGCCAGUCUCCAAACCUUAAUCCCAUAGAAAAUCUGUGGAGGGAUCUGAAGGUUCGAGUUGCCAAACGUCAGCCUCGAAACCUUAAUGACUUGGAGAAGAUCUGCAAAGAGGAGUGGGACAAAAUCCCUCCUGAGAUGUGUGCAAACCUGGUGGCCAACUACAAGAAACAUCUGACCUCUGUGAUUGCCAACAAGGGUUUUGGCACCAAGUACUAAGUCAUGUUUUGCAGAGGGGUCAAAUACUUAUUUCCCUCAUUAAAAUGCAAAUCAAUUUAUAACAUUUUUGACAUGCGUUUUUCUGGAUUUUUUUGUUGUUAUUCUGUCUCACUGUUCAAAUAAACCUACCAUUAAAAUUAUAGACUGAUCAUUUCUUUGUCAGUGGGCAAACGUACAAAAUCAGCAGGGGAUCAAAUACUUUUUUCCCUCACUGUAUAUGUCUAAAAAGGGCAUAAAAUGGCCACUUUCAUCAUGAUAAAAAAAAAGUGGUACAAAUCUAAAAAGCAUAUCAAACAUCUUUCCUCCCAAAUAAGUUUCUAUGUGAAAAUUGCCAGAACAAUCUGAGAUACUCCGUAUAUUUUCGGGCUACGCUGGCGUUGGAAUCGCCCUUUCGCCUUUUACCCUUGCCAGAUGCUUGACAUGAAUUGCUUACUCUAAGAGCACAUCAAAAUGUUUUAGGUUUUGUUCCAAGCACCCUUUCAUUUGUUUACGCAAGAAGAUAAGAGUUGAGCAUGUUCUCUCCCUUUACCUGAAAGAUAACAUCCACUGAGAGCAGUGACCAUUAUGUGAAAUAAAAGUGUUGUCACCUUGGCUGAAGGCCACAGCUAUAAGAAGCUGAGGGUAAUAACAGCGAGUCUGGCUGUAGCUCUGUUCUGCUCUGAUUUGUCUGUGUCUCUGUUGAUUAGCAUAAAGAGUGAGGAGAGAGGAGAGCUGUGCUGUUCUGUUGAGUUCAGUGAACCACUGAAAGCCCCCGCUCGAAAGAUGCUUUGGUGAGACCGGCGUGAAAGGCUAAUGAAAAAUAAAAGAGCCGCUGAUUGCGAGGAGAGUGACAAAGGCUCUUGCCGGGAAAUCAGCAUAUUCAAAAUCAAAGAGCGCAAGGGAGGGAGGGAGAGAGGGAGAGAGGGAGGGGAGAGAGAUAUACAGAGAGAGAAGAGAAGAUGGUAUACUGUGUUAAUAAUAAAGGGGUGCAGAGAAGGGGGGAUAGGGGAUGAAGAGAGGGAGAGGUGGGCUAGCGACAGACAGGCAUGAGUGGGUUUUAAUUCCAGUACCGUAGCUCUCCUCAUCAACAGCUGUAAUGGAAAUGCACAGACAAAAUGCAUGAGCCAUGAUAUACGGACACGCUCUCCACUCUUUAGUCUCAUCCCCCUUUCUCUUUAUUUAUCUGUUUUCGCUUUUCACUAUCUUGGGAGUCGGGACAAAGUAUCCGAGUGCGCUCGCCAACCAGGCUGAUUUUCAUUUCAAUGUGGCGUUGCCACGCACCCCUGCUAUGACAUCACAGUGUCCACAAUCAGUCACAGGGGAUAUGGCCUCAUCAGCAUCAUAAUUGGUUGGGGGGUUUGAUGGUCCAAUCAUAACCUCUCCCAUUCCACUGUAGCUCUAACGAAGAACCCAUGUCAUUAUCAGCAAGUUUAAUAUGGCUCUGGGCUUUAAUUGGCUAGAAAUCCCCUAUGGAAUAAUGCGUCCCAAAUGGCUCCCUGUUUCCUAUGUAGUGCACUACUUUUGACCAAAGCCCAUAAUUGGGACGCAUACUUCAUCUUGGACUACAAGCCAUAUCAAUCAACGUAAGCAGGGCUCAGGUCACAUCAUACCCUAGCAACAUUCCUGAAUGAUUACUUACUCACACUAUACUCACACUUAUACACAUAUAGAGUAUUCACAACCAUUCACAACACCUAAGACGCUCAUUUCAUUCAGGAUGACACACUUCGGAAUCAUAUCUAGGUCCCGCUGGUGCUCCAUGGCCCUGUACAGCACUACAAUAGUCUUAUAGUAGUCGCGCUAGUUUUCCUCUUGUAGUAGCUUCAGUCUCCCAAGUCAUCACAGUCUACGAUGUGGUGAACGUUCCAGGCGAGUAGCCCUCUAGAGUGAAGGCACCACUGUGGCCACUAUCACUCCCUAUCACUCUCCCUGAGCUGCUGCUGCUACAGUCCCUAUCACAGCCAUCUCCAUGUCGCUCCAGUGGCUGGGGGUAAUUGUGGCCGGCUCAGUAAAAAAGAGAACUGAUAAUGCUCUAAAUAACAAAACGUAUAGUGAUAAUCAUGCUGAUAAUGCAUGGCAUUUAAAACCCCUCUAACUGCAGAUAAUGAGUUUAGAGCCGUGGGACUGGAACUGUGGUGAGAGAUGAGAUCACAAAGGUCCUUUUGCUUCCUGGUUCGUUAGCAGUUGUAAUAGUGACCAAUCACCAACAAGCAUUUGACGUCUGUUUGUGCUCUAUUUAUCAGUAAUUUUAUUGGUCUUCCUCUCUCUCGCGCUCUCUCUCUCCCACAAUCUCUUUCUUUCUCUCAGAGGGGCGGUUCGGCGCAUAACUGCGGGCAGCUGCGGGUGGGUCAGGUGAUCCUGGAGGUGAACGGGGUUUCCCUGAAGGGCCGGGAGCACAGGGAUGCCGCACGCCUCAUCGCAGAGGCCUUCAAGACCAACGAGAGGGACCACGUGGACUUCCUGGUCACUGAGUUCAACGUGGCGCUAUAG